CCUCUCUCUCUGUGAUGAAGGAGGAGGGACCUGCUCGUGUCGUGAGCUACGUGCAGAGUUCAUAUUCACCACCAAAAAUCUCAAUCUACCACCUCAUGCAGACGUAUAUCAGGAGCGCACACACUUCACUACAGUCUCAAGCCACCUGGGAAGCGAUUUUAGUUUUUGUUUUACAAGCAUCUGUGAACUUAAAGCCUACGAUGCUUGUGUUUAUAUGAUUAUUGAUUUGUUAAUAUCGCGCUCGAAUUUCUGCAGAUUAAACAACUGGAUUGAUUCAUCUAUGGUCGGUUGUUAGAAAAAGGUUGGAGGUGUAUUACAUUGCGGAGGCACUGAAUUUGAGCUCUUUUCAUCUGUUUGGGUUUGUGAUCGAGCAGGAGGGAGGAGUGGCGGAGAAACGGCUGGUAGAAUAUAUGUGGAAACACAUCCUGGAUAGUGAAGCGAUUCGUCAUCAGCUGGAUUUGCAUGCUCCUGAAUUCUGAAUCCUGCCUAAAAUCCACAAAGAUGAUAUAUCUGCCAGUGUUAUCCAUGACCUUAGAUUUACAGCAUUACACUUUCAGGAUGCCGAAUAUAGGGUUUCAGAACCUUCCCCUCAAUAUCUACAUUGUUGUCUUUGGGACGGCCAUUUUCGUCUUCAUCCUCAGCCUACUCUUCUGCUGCUACCUGAUUCGGUUACGGCACCAGGCACACAAAGAGCUCUAUGCAUACAAGCAGGUUAUUCAAAAGGAAAAAGUCAAAGAAUUAAACUUGCAUGAGAUUUGUGCGGUGUGUUUGGAGGAAUUCAAGCAGAAAGAUGAAUUGGGAAUCUGCCCGUGUAAACAUGCUUUUCACAGAAAGUGCCUUAUCAAAUGGCUGGAGGUGAGGAAGGUAUGCCCGCUGUGCAACAUGCCCGUCUUGCAGCUGGCACAGCAGCAGAGCAUGUCCGAGCCUGUGCCCCCAAUGCAGCAGCCUCUGCCCGGAGUGGAGAACCUGGUGUAGCCCCUCCUGUUUCUCCUAAAAAUGUGACCACCACUACCUUCACACUCCCUCCUGUACAGGUACACGCUCAUAUCCAAGGACAGACCGCAGGAUUUAUGCCCAGAGCCACGGUGACCUGUGACCUGCAUAUGUUCCUGUCCCGUCUUGGUGGCUUUAUAAUGGAUUUUUUCCCAAAUUACAAUAAUAGAUGAUUUACUCAAUCUGUCUUAUGUGGGUUUAGCUUUUCUUCCUGUGGGAUAAUGAAGAAGAAUUAAGUUUACAUGGCCAAGCCAUGUUUAAAGUAACCGUUCCACACCAAAGCACUUUUUUGAGGACACCAGUGAGAGGCAAAAAAAUACAAGGACUAAAAAUAACAUAAAAAAUACUUUUUUAACAUAAGUUUUUUUUUAACAAGCACUUUACACAAAGUCUACUCAAACCUAGUUGCUUGUGAUAGUAGCAAGAUCUUUUUUUAUAUUUUAUGAUUUCAGACUUUUUUAGUUGAUGUACACAGAGCCACAGAGCAAACCAUUGGUAUUAUUUUCAUUAGAGAGGGUUAUGUUUAUACUGUAUAUUAAAGGGACAGCAGCUCUCCAAUGUGUAUAUGUUUGUUUGUGUUGUGACGGUCAGUAGGAUGGCUGUAUUGGUAGAUACGGUUUGCUGCGACCUUUAGCUGGUGCCCAAAACUAAUGUGAAUGCAGAGUUUGUGUUAUUAAGGUCAGGAUGUGACCCAGCAGUAUUUGAUCUGUGUUCUGUGGAUGCUUUAUAUUUGACAUGCUUUUUAACUGAGGGGCUGUGUUAAAUACACACAAACACACACACAUGUCUGUAGCUUUGGGUUCAAGGGUGAAUUUGAUAAGAAUUUUAAAGUACCCUAAAAAGCUAAAGGCAAAAGAAAAAACACUAUUGUCACUCUUAGACUUCAUUAGAUAUUCUAAAUCAUUCAGAUUUUCCCAGCCAGUCUAAAUAACAUGAUAAUUAUAUAAAUAAUACCUUUUAUUUUGUAAGGCCCCCUGCAAUAUGUAUGAUGUCGGCCUACACUUUGGGAACUGCUGCCAUAAACCCCACCCGUUUCCAUUAACUGUUCAUAGUUGAAGCAUUAGUCAGUUUCUGGCUUCAGUUUCCCAAUCCACACACAGUAUUGUUCAGUUUGUUCAUCAGCUGCAGAGUUCUGCAGAUCUGUUAUAGAGUUACUGGAAAUAGUUGCAAAUGAAACAAGGUUUUAACCAAAUUUAAACUGAACAAAAUGUUCCAAAGUAUUGUUUUGUGGUUUAUCCUGUCUUUCAUGGAUUAUUGUUACAUAAAUCUCCCAGGUUUUAUGCCCCAGGUACUGUUGAGAUGUAUUAUAUUUUUUAGUUAUCACAAAUCUCCCAUGAAGCUGUGGCUCUAUGCAAAGCAGUAAAUGUGUGUGUGUGUCUGUGUGGUUCUCAUAUUGUGCUACAUAGCUUUCUGAAAAUAUACUUGGCUUAAAGCCCUAGAUCUGUCUCCAACAAAUAUUAAUAAAUGAAAUAUUGCUCUAGUAAGGCAAAUCAAACUAGACACGCUACAGAAACAAACUCAGAUCUGACCAGAAGUCACUGGGAUUGGAAAAUGCCCUCAGUACAGACCCAGUUGACAUACACAGUCUAGUCUAGUAUCAUUCCAGCAUCUUUCAGCAUAUCAGUGAAUCAGUCCGGCACUUUGUAACACAGAAUUUUCAGCCAUUAAAAUCAAUGAGCAGCAGGUGGAUGCUGUCAGCAGGAUGGGGCGUUCUUUAUUCUACAUAAUAGAAUGGACGCUCUGGCUCUUUCCUGCUCUAUAGUACUCCUGUUUUUUUUUUUUUUUUUUUCAGGGUCAUCCCACCAACCCUCUAGGGUCAUGUUGGGUCUCUGUGCCCUCCAUGUUAAGGCAGUCUAGGAAAGUAUGUAUAAUAUUACAUAUAUGGGCUGGCCACAACACUUUAGAAAUGAUGCCAAAUGUGGAAAAAUUUUGUUGCUGAAUUUGUAGUAGAAAUAUCUGACACAAGUAAUGCUUUAUGUAAACCCAAACUAAAUCUGCACUGGUUUUAUUUAAAGUGCUGUCUGGUCAUGGAUCGAAUGUUGUGAUAUUCAUUGCCCAUGUUCUGCAGUGUGUCUGUGUUUUUGAGAGGCUAGAUUCAGAUUGUGAAUUAAGUUAAGCUUAUUUAAUGAGGUUUUAUUUUUUAUUUAUUUCUUUUCUCUUUUUCGCAUUUGCUGUGUGUGUGAAGAAACUCUUGUGCAUAUUAUCUAAAAAGAAAAAAUGUAAAAAAAAAACAAAAAAAAAAAACUUUUUUUUGCUCUGGUACUUUGUCUUAACGAAGAGUAAAACACUGAGGGUUUACUUAAGACUUGUAAUUCCUUAUCACAGACAAAUAUUGUUAAAUUGUGAGUCCUAAAUUAGGAUCUCUCCUUCAUCUCUUUGGUGUUUGUAACACAGCAGGUCUUAAAGUGUCGCUCUGAUCACGAAUGUAUACAUAUAGAGAGCUGUGGUUCAACUGUGUCAUUAUAAUGUGAAAGUAGUUGAUUGUGUCUAAAAUUGAGUUACGUCACUGCACUUUUCAUAUUCUUCCGUUUUGGUGGUAUUGGUGCCUCUCCGUUGAGGCGGAACUGAAAUGGGGCAAAAAAAAUUUCAUCUUAUUUAUUGUGUGCUAAGGUUUAAAACCCAUAACAUUUCAAUAGUAUGUUCUAACAGCUCUAAUUUAGUGAUAAUGCAGAUUAGGCAAAGAAAGCCUUUCUUGACAUUGUUUAAAGCAAUUUCAAAAUCCAAAAUCGGUUUGAAAACAUAUCCAGAAAGUCAAAUUAGUGCGUUUAUACAGGAGGUAGUCCUCAAGUGGAUUGGGAAUGUUAAGUGAUAGGUUACAUUUUUCCUCAGCAUAUUCAAACUGUUUUUUAAUGAUCAUUACUGAGAGUGCCAUAUCUGGUUGACCAAUUGUAUUUUGUAAAGACAAAAUUAGGAUUUCAGUUGCAACUUUACAACUUUUGUUUGUUCCUAACAGGCUUUUUAGACUAGAAGAAGAUAUUUAAAAGCUGUUGGAAAGAGAUUGGCAGUAUUUCUGUUGUAAAGUAGUAAUUUCAUAGAAUGUGGUCAAGAGUCACUAAGGCACAUAAUGUAAUUCAAAUGUUUUUUUUUGUUUUUUUGAUACAUGAUUACUAUCAAAACUGAACUGCCAAUACUAUUCCAAAGUCAUUGUGAACCACCAUGGAAUUUUCAGCUUCCUCUUUCCCCACACCACUCUUUUGCCUCAUUCUGAGAUAUUGCCCCUCCCCUCACCAUUGUGACCUCACAGAUGUAAACAUAUGAGCCCCGCCCCUUCCCAACACAGUCUUGUUUUAACACUGCUAAUGUUUGUGAAUCUCACAAACAUGUUUGUAUAAGUAAGAAUUCUGCAGCAGAAUAUUUUCUGUAUAGUAUUUGUAAACUAUAUUUUUGUAUAUUUAAUCAACAUUUUGAAGAAAAUAAAAAAUGCAAAGAUGCUUUUUUUUUUUUUUUGCUAAUUUUGUGUUAUAUUCAUUAAAAUAUGUUGCAUGUGACUGACUUGAAAUGUAAAUAAAGUUGCCAAGUUUUUGAAAUAAAGAA